AGUGACAAAGGCUGACUUUGCCUGUGAUGCUCAUGACAAAAUGAAACAUAGGCAUAUUUUGAAUUCCUUUGAGAAGCUGACCCACCCUUUAGAAAAUUUUUUUAAAAAUCGAUCAAAUAAUAAACACUAGAAUUAAGCACUCAAAAACAAAUGCAGUAUCUUACCCAGAAUUUAAUUCUUCCCAUUUUCCAAUAUCUUUCAUCGUCUUCACCUCACAAUAACCAAGUGGUCCCUUGCAAAUGCUUGAGCAAUAUGGCUGCAUUUCAGUUUCCAAUAUAGUUUGGGGUUGCUUUACCUUGAUAACUUUUCAGUCUUUCUAAUGUAUAUUAUCUCAAAGCUGCCCCCAUUCCACCACCUCUCCACUCUCCUGUUUUCUUUUCUUGAUGUUACAUGUUACAUUGCAACUCUCCUUCUUGCCCUAUAACCACGUCCUUUCUUCAGUGACUUCUUGCCCUUGAUAGCUACACUUCUGUUCCCAGAGUCUCUCAGGUUCCAGAGAGUCACAAACUGUAUUUGACAGGGGUUACACCGUGUUCCCAGGGGUGACUCUCUGCUCCUAGCAGUGACAAACUUUACUCCAGGUGAUCACAUUCUCUGGUCUCCAGAGGUUUCUCUCUCUUUUUCCACUUUGCCCCUCAGGGUCACGUUCUGGCUUCUUGUGUGUCAAAAACGUUACUGUCGGAGGUUUCACAACCUGUUUCUAAUGGGGUAAAUCUCAGUUCUCAGGAAUUACAUUCUGUUGAUCAUUACCUGCAUCUUGCCAACUUGUCGGUCUCCCAACUUCGAGUCUCUCUCUUCCCCGCUUGCAAAGAGCUCCCAAAUCCUUUUCCCAAUUGCUCCAAAAGCUCUGUCCCUCGACAUACUUAGCUCCAAAAAGCAACUCUCAAUAAACUCCAUCCCAGACUUCCCUAUAUUUCAGGUCCCUCACUACUACCCUAUUUAACUGUAUAGCUGGGCUCCUGCAGAAUGCUUCGGCCUUUGCAUCUUUCCCAGUGCUCAACUGUCUGAAAGCAGAAAAGACAGAACUGAUGGAUUUUUGGAUCAAAUGAUCUUUCAAUUGUGAAAACUUUCACAAUAAGUGCACACAUUUUUACUAUAGAUUGACAAUUGAUGUCACGAUGAAGGAGAAACAAACCCGGGGCAUCACGGAGCAUUUACAAUAGGACAUAAUUCUUUAUGUAAACCAGGAUACAAAUAAGUCAAUGGGUAUUUUCUGAAAUGUGACUUCUGAAUGCUUAAUGUGCUUCGCCCAAAUUCCAUUUUAAUGAGGCUUUUAAAUUUGGUUGGUUAGUACCAUUGUAAAAAUAGCAUAUAGAGAAAUGUAGUGAGGGCUGUUUUUAUUUGAACUUGACCAGUUGAAAGGCCAACUUGGACAAGGAUCAUCAAAGAGUCAUUGUUAUUGAUUUAAAUCUAUGGCUUAAUUCAUUGUUGAACUUAGCUGAUCUAACAAAACAGUGUGAGGAUUUCCGAGAAGUAAGGAAGGUGCAGGAUUGUCGAGGGACAGAUGGAAAGAUCGCUGCUGCAAACACAGGGCUUCUUAGAGAUCAGGAACAGCACCCAGAGCGGGCUCUUGAUCAUUGGAAACGUUCCAGAGAAAUACUCUGAGCUGCAAGUUACUCUCAGCCCAUCAUCCAUAUGUCUUUGUACUGGAGGGCAGCGCAUCAACCUAGAUUUGCCAGUAGGGGUCAGAAUUGUUCCUCCCUCCUGCCGCAAUCUCCACUACGUCGCAGGAGAUGGAUUCCACAUGAGGCUGCAAGUUCAGAUUAAUCAACCUGCAGAGCUGGUACCAACUGUCAUCGAAACUUUGCAAGCCCAGACAUCCUAUAACUUUCAGUGCCAAACCUGUGGACAAUCCGUGCUCAAGAGGCAGAUGUUUCAGAGAGUUUUACCGUUGCCUAGUGGAAAUUGGACUGAUUUGGUGGAGCACUGGUGCUGUCAUCCUGAUCCAUUUGCCAAGGCCUUACAACCGAGGUUGGAUGAUUGUUUAUUAGGCGACACUUUCCUACUUGUCAGUGUGGCGAGCAUUGAUAAGACUGCAGUGCAUGAAGAGCCAGCAGGGCAGUCAAAUGUCAAGCAGGAUGCAGUUCACAGUGGAACCCAUGAGGUGCAGAUGGAAAGUGAAAAUAACACAAUAGUUUGCACUCGCUGUAGAAAGUUGCUGGGAAUUGUGACUUCAUCAGAUACCAUUAAAUUUUAUAUCACUGAGGUACUGGUCCAACCUUUGAUAAAUAAGACUUUGAACAGACAGAUACAUGAAAGAUCUUGGUUUGUGGAGACUGUGAUUGCUGGCCGGCUGAAGGAGUUAUCAUCUGCUCAGUGUAGCUUCAGAUUCUGUAUUCAAGGGCACAAUGGUAAAACCUAUAUUCUGCUCUGGCUUUUGAAUUCUGAUAGCCUGCUGGUGAGAUCACACGAUGACGUAAAAAGUGAUUUUGCUGGAGUUGACAAGAAGGCUGUAAAGCCAGAGUCAUCUCACAAAUUUUGUGAGGGAAGCAACGCCAUCAAAGUACUAUAUCAGCCCUGUUUAAAUGGCAGAAACAAAAUGGCAGAAGACAAGUGGGAGAAGAAUAUUUCUGUGCACUGCAUGACCCUUCCAGUGAGCACCUGCCUGCAGUUGUUACUCAUCCUAGCUUCAUCAACUGCCUUUCUCCCUCCUUCACUACAGAACAUGAACUCUUUCAAGGUAGCAUUUUUGAAACUGGAUUGAUCAGUCAUUCCCAGAUUGGAGGAGUACUUGGACUAGAGAGAAAAAAUCUUCCUAACUGUGAAAUAAUUGGAGAAUGAUGAAGAUCAGUUGACAAAAGUACUAUUUAUAAAAACGUGAAUGUCAUAUAAUGAGCCAUGUGGCCAACUUUGAUGAGGGAAAUAUAAUGUCUGCAGGCAGCGGCUCAUCAAGACAAAAUGUAACUUCCGGUUUCCUAUCCGGGGAUCAGCAAACCAUAAAUUGCUUACCAGAAUAAAUCUUUUAAUCCCACUGAAA